UAUAUGGUCAAAUGUGAGGAUCGAACGCCAGAGAGGGGACUAUUGGAGUAUGGACAGUCGGAAACCGACAACGCUAACUUUGUAAAACUUGACUUCGAAGUUCUUUUUUUCCUUGUUUUUUUUUCCUUUCUUUCAGAGAAUGAUGAUUCUAAUAAUAUAUUGUAUGAACUGAUUUGUAUUUUAAAAGCGAGUCAAUGUAUAUAUGAUUUAUUACAGAUGAGUUUUUCUAAUUAAGAAAUAAACUUGCGUUCUAUGAUAGGCCUAAGACAUUGAGAGUGUAGACGUGGUGCUAAGUCUUUUACCAUGGCCAGAGGACACAUCUAUGGAACUCUGUUGUGGCUAUGUGUAAUGAUCAUCAUCAGAGCGGACAAUGAAAAGGUUAAAGACAAACAUCACAGCAUAGAAAUAGUCGACAACGAUCCCGAGUUCCUUGUCGGUGUCAAGGGCAUCGAUAAUCCUUUAUGCUUCCAUAUCGAUGGAUCCCAGAAUCAAGUGGUGCGCUUACUACAGGAUCCCUUGUCAGGUGUGAUAGUCAACGCUCGCAUUUUUCAUGAUCACCUGACCAACAAAACGUACCUGGGAGCUAUCCUCAUCUCUCAAGGGAACCUUCGCAUCAUAGCCAAACAACGCCUGGUGCUGUUCAACGAAGCCAAGCUGGACUGGGCGCCCGUUAGGACAGAGAUCUUUCAGGGCAGCCGAAUCGUGGUGGGUAACGACAUGGUGGCGGUGACGUUUCGCAAAAAAAACAUCACCCUGGUUGUCCGCCGUCACGUGGUCACGCCAGCCAAUGAGAUCCACUACGAAGACGGAGACGGGGCGUUGCAUGUAGGCCAAGACCAGGACAACUCUGGCGAAGAGAGAACCAAUGUCAUCGACAGCAAAUCUGUUUUAUCUUCAGGAAGCAGACAUCGAGCAGAUGUUAUGCCGGUUUUCGGUAACCCUGAAGGCGAUUCCUUUCUCAAUAGGGCACUGUCGUCCAAAAGACGCAGAGGUUUGAUCCUGCAGAACAUUUUUGGGAUGAAUGACGAUGAAGCUUUCGUUAGAAACGUGGUCGUGGAAGUUGAUAGUCAAGGACGCCAACGAAGAGCUGCCAAACAUAACAAUUUCUUCGACCUAAGAAACAACAAAAAAAUGUUUGUCUUACACCAAACGAGACAAAACCGACGGAAAGAUACAGCUUCAGAAAAUCGUCAACAUUCUCCUACGGCUUUUCACGACCUUUUUACCAAGAUAAGUAACAACAGCAACCGAAGGGUGAAGCCUCAUGACCACAGAGAGCUGAGCGACAAGAAGCAGCCCAAAGUGUCACACUACCAGCACAAAGGUCGGUACCAGCAGCCACAGGGUCGACACCAGAGGAACGCAGACGACGAUUACACUGUGGACGAGAACCCGACGUCUGAAGAUGUUGAAAAGAAGAGAGAUCAGACGAUCUACCUUGGCCUGUACAUCGCGGACUCAAGAGAUUUGUCUAACAGGACACACGGGUUAUUAGGUCAGUUUCUAUUCAAAAAAGUCCUUCCGGAGAAGAUACAACAGAAAGGCGGGAAGAGGAUAGUUUAUCUGCUAGUGCAAGGUAUUCCUAUCAGACGAACUGUCGCCAUUGUGACCUCGCGGCACAACAUGGCGCUCAACGUUACCCGCGCUUGCCUGAAGAUCCGCGAUCAGGGCCGCGAGGUGAUUGACGGGAUGUACUCCGAUUACCUGGUCCCCAACAUCAGGUACGUCAGCUUAAAAGAACUCCCGCCCUUAUGACUAGGGCCGGAGCCGGGGGACGACCUCCCGGUGGAGAAUGAUACUGGGGAUUUCGACCCGUGGGCCAGAGAGACCAGUAGGCCGACCCAGGGCCACAAUUUAGAGGACCUAAAGACGGUAGUGGUGGUGAACUUUACCGACCGUGCGGUGGAAUCUACCAAAGCAGGAGCGACGGCGGCCACGCCAACCGCCACCAGCCUGUCGCCGCUCCUGCUGUACCCAACCUGCGUGUAUGAGACACACCACAGUGUGAAGAAUAGCGGUGUUCGAACUGGGACGGACGAAAAAACCUAGCAAUUAACCUGGUCACUUUGCUUGGUGUGCGUGGCGGGCAGUAUACACAGGGCACUGAUUAGAGUCUAGACACAGAUGGUACAAGAAGAGUGGGUCAAUCAGUUUCUCCUUCCUAUAAGAAAUAGCUGGACAUCUUUAAAACCAUUGUAUCAUGACUAGUAACAAAAUACCAAACAAAUGGUAUAGAUAUCUGGUAGUGGACAGUAGUGCCUUUAUCAUAGUAGUACAGCACAUUGUGACUUUACUGAACCUUUCGCAAAUAGGUCAAAUAAGAAAUCUAGUAACAAAGCUUAAUUAUGGACUAGUGAAAUUUCAAUAACCUCGUUGGGCUGCCAAAGGAUUGAGUUCAUUGCACACCGCUCCUUAAGGGGGCGUUUAAUGGCGAUCACGUACAAGAGGAUGUGGAACAGAAAAAGAAUAUGGUGGAGUUUCCACCCAGUAUGCUCGGCCUUCGGCCUCGCCUCACACCCGAGCGUUUUGGGAUAGGAGCCAAAGUUAAUAGGGAUGUCACACAAUAUACAGACAGACCGAUGGAGAGGAGCUUCCAUGGGUAGAGAUGGUCCAAGAGUCUACGACUCUAAGGAAAAUUAGAAGAAUCAAAAGUUUACGCACAACAGAGUGAUCAUGACAUUUUAAAAAUAUUACUUUCGAUGAAUAAUAACCAAUAAUUGGUUGUAGUUAAAUGUUUAUGUGGAAACAUUAAUACUGAUGUGUUAAUAUCCAGAUUGUUUCACACAUGUUAAAUAUCUGUCUGGGCGCGCUCCUGUAAGCAGGCUAAGUAAGUUAUCAUUCCACUAUCAUUGGUGUAAUCAGGUUACAGCCUACAUAGCUUGACCUAUUUUCAAAAGGUUCAUUGGUAUUUACAGAUAAUAAUGUCAAUCAACGGGCAUACGUUAAAAACUACAGUAGCUUUAAUAGAAGGACACACGCACGCACAAACAGAAGCUUAUACAGACACAGAUGCAAUGCAUUAGUAUUAGUUAUUCUCAGUCGGCCUAGGCAGACCAGUAUCAAAACGUGAACUUAAAUAAGGAAGAUGUUAGAUAGAGCCUCAAAGAACGAACUAUUUGCUAAGCGUGCAUUUAUCUGCUCUGAUAUAUGUUGACAGUCUUAUCGAAUUGUUCAUUUAUUGAACAAUUUGGACACCGCGGUGAAUGCUGUACAGAGAGAAAACAAGUCUGCUUAAUAGGUACGUGAGGAAAACAAAGGUUAAAAAAAUGAUAUCUUUGCUAUCAAUGUACACACUAGAAUAGAACUAAGCUUAGGCCAUGAGAAACGAAAAAUUAACAAGUUUGGCAGCCCACCUUGCUUUUUGAUGCCCAUGAAUGUGUAUAAUGCCAGUGAGAAUAGCAAGAUCAGUCAAAGUCUUCUCCGCGAGUUGAUGCCCCUGAAUGUGUAUGAUUUCAACGAAAAACAAAAAACUUGUUUGCCAAAUCAUAUUAGAAAUAACCAGCGCACACCAGCAACCAAAAGUGACAUGUUGGAAAUGCUCCAUGAUGAAAGUUGAUAUUUGUAAAUGUGAUAACAUUACUCAACAUUCUGAAAUUAUCGAAUGCACUGAUUGUGAUAUUGACGUAAUCCUAGAGAAAAAAAAAAGAAAA